AGUUAAAUGUGUAACCACGUUGUGCGACUUUUCAAUUACCUUUGCUUAAUCGGAUGUUUAUCUGUUCUGGGUAAACACUCGCUGGAACUUUAAGAAUUCUACAAAAUAAAGUACUGCAGUGCUGGACAAACCAGCAGCGUCAUCAACUCGGCGGAAUACGUUUGAAUGAGUUGACCGAUUACGGGCUACUCUGUAGACGAGAUCGGGUUAUUCAUGUUGUUCUAGGGAAAAAAACAUUAUCAGGCCAGGGAGCGUUUGCGAGUGAUCAUCAUGUUGCAACGCUGCUGGCGUUUCCCAAAGCCGCUGGCCCUGCGACGAAGUCUUACUUUGGGUUCGGUAAAUAGCCAAGCGGUAGCCACAGAAUCGCCAGAGGCAGAGCCCCAAGAUGCCUUCGAGCGUCAGUAUCUCAAGGAUCGCAUUGAGAUAUCCCCUUUCCAGCGGCUAUUCCUGGGAGCAGGGUCCUCCAUUGCUGCCCUACUAGAUCCAAGACGUCACGACAUGAUCGCCUGUUUGGGCGAGACCACUGGAGAAGAUGCCCUUUGGAGUAUUUUGGACACCAUGCAGGCCAGCGAGGAGGGUCAGCGCAUCAUGGCCGACAAGCCCCGCAUCCAUACCAGCACUAUUGACUUCAAAUACCUGGAAACUCUGCCACCAGAUACGUUUGGGGCCUCUUACGUCAAGUUCUUGAAAGAUAAUCAAGUCACGCCCGACAGUCGCAUGGCGGUGAGGUUUUUGGAGGACCCCAAGCUGGCCUACUUGAUGACGCGGUACAGGGAAUGCCACGACCUGAUCCACACUGUGCUGGACAUGCCCACCAACAUGCUCGGCGAGGUGGCCGUCAAGUGGGUGGAGGCCCUGAACACGGGACUGCCCAUGUGUUACGGAGGCGCGGUGUUCGGAGCAGUUCGCCUACGUCCCAAGCAGAGGCGUGCGUACUUGAAGAGCUAUUUGCCCUGGGCCCUGGAGAAUGGCAAGCGGACUAAGCCCUUGAUGCCCGUCUACUGGGAAAAGCGCUGGGAGCAGAACAUCCACGAACUGCGCUCCGAAUUGGGCAUUACUGUGUUGAAUAAAGCUUGAUGAGGCGUUUUAUUUUUAAA